CCGUAUGUCGCCGCUAUUUGUUAGGAAUAACGUUAUUGCUGCUGAGCAACUGAGGCAAAUAGGAGACGUGGGGAUACACACUGGGCUGGGCUACGAAAACCGUUUAGCUGCUGCAUUGAAGCCCGGGAUAAAACUGACAGCGAAAAGAAGAACAAGGGAUGCCGUAGGGUUUGAGGCUGGAGGAGAGCGCAGAGAUGAGCCUCACGUCCUGGUUUCUGGUGAGCAGCGGGGGGACGCGGCACCGCUUGCCCCGUGAGAUGAUCUUUGUGGGCCGGGAUGACUGCGAGCUUAUGCUACAGUCUCGCAGUGUAGACAAGCAGCACGCUGUCAUCAACUAUGAGUCCAGCAGUGACGAGCACAAAGUCAAGGAUCUGGGGAGCCUGAAUGGGACAUUUGUGAAUGAUGUCAGAAUCCAGGAGCAGAUGUACAUCACUUUAAAGAUUGAUGACAAACUGAGGUUUGGAUAUGAUACCAACUUGUUCUCUGUGGUGCGAGGAGAACUGCACGUGCCAGAAGAGGCUCUGAAGCAUGAGAAGUUCACCAGCCAACUUCAACUGGGCAAGAAGCCCACCUGCGCGGAGCCCUUAAAAUCCCCCAAGUCUUCCCCAGGAAAAGCCAAAUUGAGCAAAGCUGCGGAGCCCAUUGCUGAAGCAACAGUCAAACCUGCGGAGCCAAACAAAGGAGAUGACAAGAUGCCAGCAGGUGAUUUAGCUGCCUUGCACAGGGGAACCCCACUGUAUGGACAGCCAUCCUGGUGGGGCGACGGGGAUGCAGAUGAUGAGAACUCCUUCAAACAGGAGAAUAAACCAUCUGGGAAGAAGCAGGAGAACAGCGGAGCUGAAAGCAAAGAGGCCAGGCGAGGCGAUAAAUCAAAGGAAAAUGGUCUGGGGCCUGUAGGCGCUGAGCCCAGCUACUUUGAGAUUCCUAGCAAGGAGGGACAAAUGGCGCAAAACAGCAUCCAUGAGAUCCCAACAAAGGACACUGAGGGUGCCGGGGCCGCAAAAUCAGCCGCAGGCAGUGCUGCCGCACAAGCCAACACCUCAUUCACCAUCGAGUUUGACGAUACUUCCCCAGGGAAGGUCACCAUUAAAGAUCACGUGUCUCGUCCACGGCCUAAAAAAUCAAGUCACGUUGGUGGUAAAGACCUCACCACCCUGCAGGCGGCCAUCAUGGCUUCUGAAAGUAAAGUGGCGGACUGGCUCGCACAGAAUGACCCUCCUCUGGUGAGGCGUGAGUCUACAGAAGAGGACAGUAAAAGCAUCAAGAGUGAUGUACCUGUUCACCUCAAGAGGCUUAAAGGCAGCAAGCAUGAAGAUGGCACCCAGAGCGAUUCGGAGAAUGGUCUGGGAUUGCGGUUUGGCAGCAAGCGCCACGCCGCCUUGGAGGAGCGUUUGAGAGCUGCAGGAGUUGGUCGGGUCAAGACAGAGGGGUCGUCUACAGUGAGCCGCACAGCCUUCAUGAUUGAGUUCUAUGACGAGGACAAUCCUCGAAAGCGCCGCUCGUACUCGUUUUCCCAGACCGCACCACUACUCGGAGGCGUGCCAGGGGAGGGACUUUGCCCUGUGCCACCCUCACGUCCUAAGGUAGCCUCCACAGACGGCAGCAAGGGCAGCAUGUCAUCGUCUCUGGCGGCGGUCGCCCCGACGGCUGCUCGACUUCUGCUAAAACAGAGAUCAGAGGAGCCAAAGGUGGAGCAGAGCCCAGCUGCUACUUGUCAACCCAAGCCCACAGAGGAGACUCCGAAACAAGAUGAUGACCAGAGCGACAAGGGAACAUACACUAUUGAACUGGAUAAAAGCAACCCUGAGGAAGAGGAGGCACGGCGAAUGAUCGAUAAGGUGUUUGGGGUGGAGAACUCACAGAAUCCUGGUUGCCCGGAGAAAGCCGGUGGAAAAAUGAAGGACGGCAAGAAGCUCAGCUCUGCUGCAUCUGAGAAACUUGUGGAAGAUUCGAUUGCAGUCGGCAGUUCUCGCUGGGUUUCACAGUGGGCAAGUUUAGCAGCUAAUCAAACGCGGACAGAUCCAGAGGGAUCUGGAGCCGAACCACCAGCCUUCGUCCAUCAAGAGAGAGAUGGUGAAGCAUUUGAGACCAGCAUCUCCAUCAAGAGCACCGGCUCCACAACUUCCAGCCAAGCUGAGCGCAAAAGAAGGACUCUCCCCCAGCUUCCCACCGAGGAGAAAAUAAAGCGCUCGGAGAUCGGUGAGAAGCAGGACACAGAACCACAAGAAAAAGAAAGCCACGGUGACCAUAAAGGUGAUGGUGAAUGCCUCAAGAGUGUUGUUUCUAGCCAAUCCAAGAGCGCCCAGCAAGAUGGAAAGGCAGGAAAAUCUGUGCGCCCCCUGGGAAACGGAGAGAGACGAACGUCAGAGGACAGCCGCAGGAGGCGUUCAGAGGACAAGAGUAAAGGGAGUGACAGCGAGAGAUCUGGGAAGCCACUGGUGAGGCAGGGUAGCUUUACCAUUGAGAAGCCCAGCGGUAACGUCCCCAUUGAACUGAUUCCUCGGAUAAACCGGCAGAACGGUGGAAGAGAACGCAGUGACUCAGUAGGCAGCAUGGACACAGCAACUCUUCUCAAAGACACCGAAGCUGUCAUGGCCUUCCUUGAGGCUAAACUCCGCGAUGAGAAGAAGUUAGAUCCAAUAACCCCACCUAUCUGUCCACCAGCUUGCCCUUUAUCUCCUGAAUCUGAUAUCGACACAGCCAGCACGGUCAGCCAGACAGCAGCCGAGGGCGACCGUAAGGCGGUUCAGAAGAGAAGAUCUCUCAGCAGCCUUUAUAGAGAAAAGAGCAAUGCAAGCACUGCAUCCAAAACCACAACCAGUGCCAGAGAACGUCUAGAGAGGAAAACCAAAACCAAAACCACAGAAAGCCGCUCUGAUGGUCGGCGUUCAGUACAGACAGCCUCACGUGGCCGCCAGCCGUCCCAAGAUCUCACUGAUGAUGACCAGACGUCCUCAUUAGCCAUCUCAGACAUCCUGUCCUCAGACCAGGAGAUGUACUCCAGCCGCUCUCACACCAAAGGUCACUUCACCUCCACCGAUGACCUUCUGCAGUCCAAGCUUGAUUCCAGCAAAUCCUCGAGGUCUUCAAAGCCCAGCAAAACGCCACAAACUAGCACUGCGGCUCUCGCAAAACAAGCUGGGCUUCCACAGCCCCGUCCCACAAGGGCGUCCCUGUUACGCAGGGCUCGACUUGGAGAUACAUCGGACACCGACCUGGCAGAUGCAGACAGGGUUUCGGUGGCAUCUGAGGUGUCUACCACCAGCUCCACUUCCAAACCUCCAUCAGGAAGAAAGGCACAGUCACGCAUUGACAUGCUAGCACAACCCCGGCGCACCAGACUGGGCUCAUUUUCUGCACGGAGCGACUCUGAGGCCACGGUUAGUCGGACUACAGCGACACGCUUGUCGGCAGAGACGGCGCUUCGGCUGGGACUAAAAAGCACAAAUCAGCCAGCAACAGAAAACAAGCUAACUGCACGCAUGAGGGCUAAUAGUGUCUCCAAGCUAACAGACCCCAAGCCGAAGACAACACCUGUCAACAGCACCCCAUCAGAAACUCAACUUGAGCCUGAAAGUGUUCUGGCAGAGGAGGAGCCCAUGGCUAAUAACCGGUGGAGACGUGUGCCUCCUGAAUACGCCUCUACCUCUGAGGACGAGUUUGGCUCCAACCGGAACUCUCCUAAACACAUCCGCCUGCGGCCUGGCACCACCCUUCGCACCAGCCGGGUUCUGGGGGGUCCCACUCCGGUCACCACCAGUCCUGGGGGUCUGCUUCUGAAAAACAGAAUGAGGGAACAGGAAGAGUACAUACGAGACUGGACAGCACACAGCGAGGAGAUCGCCAGGUUGUUCCCCUGUGUGCGCAGGAUCAGUCAGGACCUGGCGAAGGACCUGGCCAUCCUGGCACGAGAGAUCCAUGAUGUGGCGGGCGAGAUCGACUCGGUCAGCUCCUCCGGCACAGCGCCCAGCACUACAGUGAGCACCGCCGCCACCACACCAGGCUCAGCCAUUGACACCAGAGAGGAGCUGGUGGAGAGAGUUUUUGAUGAAAGCCUAAACUUCCGGAAGAUUCCUCCUGUAGUUCACACUAAAGCCUCAGAGAUCAAUGGCAGGCCAGUGGAGCUUCGGCCCCGGGCCCCGGACAGCCUGGACCCUCAGGCGGCCCUGCGCAGACGCACCUGGAACCGGGAUGAGGUGAGACCGGCGGUGUUGGACAGUUUAUUGCUCACAUCGGUUUCCCAACUGUCUUCCAAAAUCCGACAGUCUGUAGAUAAAACUGCUGGCAAAAUCAGGAUAUUGUUCAAAGACAAGGACAGGAACUUGGAUGAUAUUGAGAGUAAACUCUGUUUGGAUAAUGAAGUUCCCCUUCCCAAAACUUCAAACAAGGAAAUUUCAUCGAUACUAACAGAGCUGAAGCGAGUAGAAAAGCAGCUUCAAGUUAUAAAUGUCAUGGUGGACCCUGAUGGAACCCUUGACGCUCUGACCAGCCUCGGCUUGACCAGUCCAACCGCCCCCAAACCCAGAAUCAGCCCUGGAUCUCAGAGCGGAUGGGCACCGCUGCCCAGUAACGGAACCCCACAACCACCACCAACCAUAACCAACCCUAUCCCAGAAAAACCCAGUGUAGCACUCAACUUCAGCCGCACACACCCCACCGGAGAGGAGAGUGCCAUUGCUAGCAAAUAAAAAAAAACUUUUAGUAAACUGGACUAAUAGAACUACAUACUGUAACUUUUAUGUGUAUGUAUAAUGUGUCACGUGCCCUUCUGCAGGACUCUGUAUGAGGUCUGUCUGUAGUUGUACCCUGUAAGUGUAACUUUUAGGAUCACACACGUGAAUCUGGACUGACUGCUCAGCGAAACCGCACCAAAACACACACAAACAGCUGCAGAUGACAGGAAGCAAGUGGCCAACCAAGCCGAAUGGACUGCCAGACGAAUCCCUCAUGAACGGACUAAAACAACUCUCCAGUGCCUGUCUGCUCACCUCUGAGCUUCGAUAACACGGUUUACCAAACUGAAUACAGAAAACUAUGCGCAACUGUAUUUUGAAAUUUGUAUUUAGAUAACUGUCAUUUUUGAGGGGAAAAUGUUUAAGAUGUUGCAAUUUUGUGCUUUCAAGCUAUUUUAAAUUAGCUUAAUUAUGUUCUUGGAAUUAGUUUUAUUUUUUGGAAUGUAAAGAAGAAUUUGUAUCAUUGGCUAUUUGAAUAUGCAUUGAACUUCUCUUUGCAUCAUUUUAUAGUUUUCAGUUUUCAGAACAUAAAGAGGGAACUUGCAGACUAAUGCAUGGCAUGCACUAAUGUAAAAACUGCGCCCUGGCUAGUUUGUAGUUUUUCGCCAUUACGCUCCCUCGAUCAGCACUAUUGACAACUGAAUCAGCCUUUAAGACCCGUUCAAACCAAAAAUGAUGACUCUAUUAGUAUCAACACACUAUAACAUUCUGUUUAUCAUAAGAUACUGUUUUUAAAAAGCAGUUUUGUCAAUGCUGAUUUAAAUACACAAGGUCUUUAAAGCACGGUGGAUUCUUAUACUGUAGGUAAUGAGUAAUUAUUAUUAUAACUGUUUGUUAUAUCAUGUUUUUAUCGUUAACAAACUUGGUGUGAAUGAGCCACCAAAAACUAUAAAUCUCUAAAUAUAACUACAAUUAGUUUCCACUUAAAAAUUUGUUCCAGUCCGAUGAUUCUGUUGCAUUUAAUCAGUUUUUUCUUUUUCUGGCAGCAUGUAUGUGAUGAAUUUCAAAUUGGUGCCUGUAUUCUGCCGCCCAACAAUGCAACAAGAUGUAAUUUUAUACAACCCACUUUGAGCUGUUUUUGUAUUUUCUGCCUUCGUUUUUGUCAUUGUUUUGCCUCCAGAAAACGCCAAGACAUAAUUAUGACAUCAGCACUUAAAGGGCUUAUUGUCCUUGGUGUGAACAGACGGCAAACAACUAUAGCUACAAUUCUAAGGUAUUAGCGUUCACAUCAAUGCACAAUAGCAUUGUUUGUUAUAAGGGUGUGCUGGAUUUUUUGUCAUUUGUCACUUUAAAUGCUCAAGCUCUCUAACACAGAUUGGAUUCUAAUUGGCUGUUUUUGUUUGUUUGUUUUUUUCUAAUUAUCAUUCCAACAGAAUCAUUCCUCACAUUACAGCUGUAGUGUGGACUCUAAUAAUUUACAUGUAUAACCACUGAUAAAACUUUAUCCUUAUUAUAUUUAUCUUUUUUGGUGUGAACGGGCCUUAAGUGUGUGUACACUAGCAUUCUGCAUUGACGGACGUCUGUGUCUACAUAAGACCUUCUAGCCUUCUUUUCAUGUAACUGUUCCAGCUCUAUGUGUGUGUGUGUGUUUACUGUUGACCGGUUUCUUUCCUUCUGCUGCUUGUCUGUAAUUUUAGGAGGAUGUCGGCGUAAGCCUGAACCACUUACCGGGCCUUUCUGUAGGAAGAGCAUUUCUAGUGUAACUGUAGACUUUAGACAAUAGUGCAGAUAGGUACCUGACAGAAUACAUCCAGUGGGCUUUUCUCUGUUUUAUACAUGUAUAAUGUCACUAAGUGCCCAGUAUUCUCUGCUUGUUAUUAUUAUUUUUUUAUUGUCGGUCUUUGAGGAUGAAAAGACUGGAUUCAUUGUGCUAUGUUUUUUUUUUUUUUUUUUGCACAUCAAAGGCAUAAUGUGACAUGAAUGGGUAAUUCAGGGCUCCAAAAUGGAUUUUGGCACCACUACAUCCCACUGUACUCACUACAAGAUGCCUUUACAGUGGGACGACCCUCUAAAUAAAACAGCCUGUGUGACAGUCUGCCACUAGAGGAGAAGGUGGAUGGCAGAUAAAGUGCAUUGGUACAUUGAUUUUUCCCUUGUUUAUCAUAUCAGUGUUUGUUUUUUUGCUUUGUUUUUUUAAUUGUUUUAAAUGUAUGGUUAAUUUAUUUUUGUUUAGUUCAAUUCUUUUAAUUAUCAUGGCACUUUUUGUUUUUUACAAAAUUUUGCAUAUUCUCAAUAAAGGGGGGAGCAGCAUAUUAAACAACAGUUUUUGUUUA